GAGUGCUUGUUUUUGAACGCGCAUAUUGGUUUUCAUUUGCAAUCUGUGCAACAUGACAACAAAAAUAACAAUGGCGAAUUGUUGAAUGUGUGCAAAACAAAGAAAGUCUCUCGGGUGACGAAGCCAAAAUGGCGCUCCUCUUUUUCCCGCUCGGCUCGGCUCGGGAAAACUCGGUUCGGCUCGGCUCGGCCUCAGCCUGUGUGAGCCAGUGUGGAAAAUGAAAGUGCUUAAAAACAAACAGACGGCAAAUUGGCGUGCUUUGUCGGCUUUUGCAGCUGGUCCUUGUGCCGUGCGAUUGAUGACGCGGUGCGCGGCAGGAAGUGUUUCGUCGUCGUCGUCGUCGUAGCGGCGGCGGCGGCGGACAGCCGAGAGGCGAAAGUAGACUACUGUGGAUUGGAAAAGCAGCCCAUGCGAGCCGAGCAAGUAAACAUGACUCGUCGCUGACGGUGCAACGUUUCGCCUUUGCAUCCGCACGCCGGGCCACCUCGCUUCAUUGGGCGGGCGGCGGAGGCCGGCGGAGGGUAACGCCUCACAUGCCACCUGCCAGGGGCGUGGCCCGAUUGGCUGUUGGGCAGAAGAUGGCUGGCAGUGGUGCAUUCAACUGACAAGCAGAGCUCCUCCCAAGCGAAAGCCCCUCCCACGCAUCCCGAUGGUCACCGGCGGUCACGCAGUGGCGACUCCCUCCUGAAAACUGGCGCCAGAGUACUAUGGCAAUGCAUGAUAUGAGUCGUGCCAAGGGUUUCCCCUGUAAAGAAUGUGAUAUGGUCUGCCCCAGUACUCCAAGUCUUCUAGAUCAUAUGAAAGCGCAUUAUCAACAAGGAGAAAGUGCACGUUUUGAAUGUGAACAGUGUGGACGAAUUUUCAAGCACGCGGCUAGUUUGGCCAACCACAAAAAGUCUCACGAAGUGGGCUCCUUCCAGUGUCCUGUCUGCACCCGCACCUUGCCCAACGCAGUAGCCCUCAAGAAUCACCUUCGCAUACACACCUUGUCCCCGAGUAGUGCUCACGCCGAAGAAGAGAGUGAGGAGGUGCCAGAGGAAGGAGGUCCCCACGAAAGGGACUACGCCCUUAGCCAGGACCUCUCGGACGGUUUCGGGCGUGCGCACUUGAACAACAGUGGCCUGCAGGGCCACGAAGGCCCCAAAAGUUCCCCCGAGCCGGACGACGCUUGGGAUCGACCGUUCAAGUGCGACCAGUGCGACAGAACCUACCGACACCACGGGAGCUUGGUAAACCAUAAGAAGUGUCAUCAGCAAGGAAGUUUUAAGUGUUCUGUGUGCUUCAAACAAUUUGGCAACCUGGCUGCCCUCAACAGCCACGAGAGAACUCACUCCAAGUUUAAAAGCCCCGCAGCACCCAUGGUGAGCGGCGGUAGUGGUAACGGUGGCGGCGCCGCCCUCCACCAGUCUGAGCGCGGUGGGGGCGGCAGCUCUCAGGUCACACAGAGUGACAAUACCAACUCCUGCUUCUGCCACCUUUGCCAAAUCUCCCUUCCCAACAAGGCUGACUUUCAGGAGCACAUUCUCCUACACAAUACCACCUCACAGUCUCUGGGACUGUCCCGGAACUUUCCCGCCAUCAUGCCUCACAAUCUGAGUGCUGUCCGAUCUCCGGCGUACACCCCAGCUCUCGGGGACCCUCUACCCCUGCCGCCUUUGCCUGGUGAUAAAAGGGGUCCUUACGACCCUAUCAUGGGCCCACCUGUCAACAAUCCAAUCUAUACGUGCGCGUACUGCGGGGCAGGCCAUCCAGACCUAGAGACCCUUAAAGUACACUACCUUACUCAUGACCCCCACCCUGCCUCCCACAGCCAGGACGGCUCCCUACUCAACUCAGAAACGCUAAACUCUGGUUCUCAGGGCUCCGUGUCAUCAUCUUCUGGAGCGCGUGUGGCCCAGUCGGCUUCUCCUGAGGACGGUGAGCGUCGCUUCAAGUGCGGCGAGUGCGGCAAGAGUUACCGGCACGCUGGAAGUCUGGUCAACCACAAGCGCUGUCAUCAGACAGGCCACUAUCAGUGCACUGUCUGCUGCAAGCAGUACCCCCACUUGGCAGCGCUGCACAGCCACCUUCGAAGCCACAAGGGGCGUUCCUCCAACCAGCCUCUGGGCGAUGGCAACGAUUGGUUGUCUCCGGAGCCGCUGACGCUCGACUCUCAGCAGAGCUACGUUCAAGAGAGCAGCGGUGCCACCACUCCCAUCUCGCUUCCCGGAAACCUCACGGACCCUGCCCACUUUGUACCGGAUGGGAGUCAUAACAGCGCUUUGGAUUCCUUGGAGUUCCACGACCGUUUUGACGGAGGCCCCGCACACCGGCAAGCCGACCGCCACGUGUGCGGCGACUGCGGUGAGAUGUACUCCGACGUGUCCGGUAUGAAGUCGCACAUGUGCACUCGUCGUGGUCAAGCGCCGCCGCCGCAGCAGAGUAACAUGCCCAACGGGUUCAUUGGCAAUAUGAACUACCACAAUUCCAGCAGUGGCUCCAUGACCUCCAGUGGUAUGAAGGAGGGGAACGGCCAGCGACAGUACUCCCAGUCCGGAAUCAAAAGGAUGGGAAGUGCUGACAAGGAUGACGACGACGGAGAAAUUUACCAAUGCUCAGUGUGCGGCAACCAUUACGCCAGCCUCCGAGCCCUGCGCAGCCAUUUGCGAAGUCACGCCAAUAAUCCUUCUGGUCCCGGGCCAUCCGGCCUGGAGCAGGACUGGAGGAUGAUCUGCUCCACGUGUGGCCAAAGCUUUGCCAGGAAGCAAGAUCUUCUUAAUCACCAACUCGCUCACGGCCCCCAGAGGCCGGAUGGCCAACAGCAACAAGGCAUCGGAGGAGCUUCGCCCAACAGCAGCGACAAGAUUGAUGGACGCAGCCACAUUUGCGUGGACUGCGGCCUGUUCUUUGCUGACCGCCACCACCUGAUUACACAUCUGUGUGCCGGUAAGAAUCGGGCUGGCUCGCUGAGUAAGCAGAGCCUUAACGGGGCCAAAGGGAUUUCCGAAGGCGAGGGCCUGGGGGGAGGAGUUGCGGGCGGUAGCCGUGAUAUUGUUGGAAACGGUCGGCGGUCAGUGGUGGACCAAAGUGACAAACCACACAAGUGUGACCAGUGUGGGCGAGGCUAUAGACACCCGUGCUCCCUCCUCAACCAUAAAAAGUCCCACAAGACUGGUGUCUUCCGCUGCUUGGUGUGUCAGAAGCGUUACUACAACUUAUUGGCCCUCAAGAACCACCAGAGGACUCACUUUGACCUUAAGAGGCACAAGUGUGAAGAAUGCGGAAAGGCUUUCAAGAUCCAAAAACAGUUGAUUAACCACCUGCGUCUCCAUGAGGAACACCGGGCCAAAGGUCUGGUCCGGACUGGCCCAAACGGCUCGCGAUACCAGCAACCCGGCCUGUCGCAGAUGCAGAACAUGCGAGGCGAAUCAUCCAAGGCUCCACCGAUGGGUGUCAAGUAUGCUCAGCAGGGUUUCAAAAAGCCCUACUCGUCCGCUGGCACAUCCCGACCCCAGAAAUUUGACCCGGCUGAGAGCGGGAGGCGGCCUUUUGCCUGCGAGGAGUGCGGCAAGACCUACCGGCAUGCUGGAAGCUUGGCCAAUCACAAGAACCUCCACAAAAUUGGCGAGUACCACUGCAAUGUGUGUAACUCCACCUACCCCAACAGACUGGCAAUGAAGAACCACCUGCGCCUCCACUUUGCCCAAAAAAAGCACAACUGCCAGGAAUGCGGCAAGGGUUUCCGUACCCAGAGGCAACUGGCCACGCACACCACGGCGGGCCUGUGCAAGGGCCCACAAGGUCCGGGAGCACAGAUGGAUUUUGAGUGUGACGGCUGCUGCGAAGGCUUUCCUUCGGCCGAGCAGUUGGCAGCGCACGACUGCCCCGCCCAGCACUUGCCCUCGUCGUCGUCAGCUGGGAGCUCAUCCAACGUCAGCGCGGAGAGGAACUCUGUCGACCCAGACUCUGACGAGCGGCCAUACACCUGCGACCUCUGCAGCUGCGCUUACAAGCACGCGAGCUCCCUCCUCAACCACAAGCACACGCACAAGACGGGCGAUUUCCGCUGCAACUUCUGCGACAAGCCUUACACUAACUACAUGGCGCUGCGCAACCACAUGCGCAUCCACACGCAACGCAAAAAGCACAUUUGCCACACGUGUGGGAAGGCCUUUCGCCUGGCCCGCUUUCUGCGCAAUCACCAGAAGGUCCACGAGGAGGGUGCCACUCCCUACGGCUGUCCCACCUGUGGGAAGAGUUUCCAGGGGAGGUCCGGUCUUGCACGACACCGCUGCGGGGACAACCAGGUAGGCGUGGAUGUCAGGAGGAAGACACCAGGAGCGACGGGAGAGGGCGACGAGUGUCGGUACACGUGUGACCAAUGCGGACGUUCCUACCGCCACGCCAGCUCCCUCCUCAACCACAAGAACACGCACACGCUCGGCAACUACCACUGCGCCGUGUGUCUUAAGACCUACUCGAACCUCCUGGCCCUCAAGAACCACCGGCGCAUACAUUCAGAGAUGAGGCGCCACCGCUGCCACGAUUGCGGCAAGUGCUUCCGCGUGGCCUCGCAGCUCUACAACCACAAACGGGUCCACCAAAAGCAGCGGGAGCUGACCUGCGCCUCUUGCCGCCGCGCCUUCCCCACACAGGCCAGCUUCCGACUGCACAUGGAGAUUAGCCACGGCCAGGAGCCCCAACAUCCCCCACCGCACCGCCACCGGCCGGGCUGGGGCUCCGGCCUGGACCUCACCUUGAUGCAGGGCAGGGACGGCGAGGGGCAUGCAGUGCCCAAACCCCACGUGUGCGAACAGUGCGGCCGAUCCUAUCGCCACGCCAGCUCUCUGGUCAACCACAAGAACAGCCACAAGACCGGAAGCUACUUCUGCAACUCGUGCCACAAGCAAUUCCCCAACUUGAUGUCCCUUAAGAACCACCGGCGCAUCCACACCGAGCCCAAGCGCUACCAGUGCCCUGAGUGCGGCAAGUCCUUCCGGGUGUCCACGCAGCUCAUCUGUCACCGCCGCAUGCACACCAAGGAAAAACCCUUUACAUGCCCGCAGUGCGACAAACGCUUCUCCUCCAAGUCCAACCUCAGGCACCAUAUGAAGGUACACUGGGCUGGCGCCUCCUCGGCGCCGCCCCAUAGGGCCGCCGGGCCGCCACCCAACUUUGGCGGCAUGCCGGGCGGCGCCUUCGUUUAAACCGAUCUCACUCGCGGGACUCAGCGCGCUUCCUUUUUGCGGUGCUACUUUGUGUACGAGAGACAAAACGGAUAGAGGAUGGCACAUGAACACGCCCACUUGAUCGAGUGACGAAUGGACUGAGCAAGAAAGAAGUGGCGGGACUGUGACGGACUUUUCCCCCGCCCAUAUCACUUGUGGCCUCGCUUUGGACGGUGAAAUAUCGGGCAGUGGAUGUAUCUGUCAGGAAGCUUUGCCUCCUGAUUGUGUAGACUAGUUAGCGUCAUAGGCGUAUGUGUAUAUAUGUACGUGCGUGUAGUAGCAGCAGCACUAGUGUGUAGACCUCGUUAGAGCUCUGAUUACCCAUAAUCCUCCUGGCCGCUGUGCUAAAGGGACCUUUGUAUCUUUUAGGGUAGCUUUUGCCGUAUUUAUUGACUGGACGCCGCGGUGCUAGUUAGCGUCGUGAUGUUAGCAAGCGCGUUUGACUUUGUCCGUUUGCUUAGUUUGCGGUCACGUGACUUUUCUAACGUCUUUUGAUAAUUUGUUAAAUUUCAACCGCUGAGGACUGAAAACAGACUACCGAGUGGUGUCUGUCCAAUUGCGAGACAUCACAGUAGCGCUCGCAUUAGCCUUGGCGUCCUGUUGACAGACUGGUUCGACGUCAGCUAUCAUUAAAUGAUGAUGAUGUUCGUAAAACAGGAAAUUGAAUCACUAAAGAAAAGAUUUGGAGAGACUGACCUCCCGGGAACACACGUCCUUAACGUUAUUGUUUUAAUAUUGACUGUGCUUCUUUUUACACUUGUAUGAUGGUCUACGCAUGUAUUUUGUAUUUCUCGUGUUUUGACGUCAAACUCGACCGUCAACUUCAUUUACACACAUUAAAAGACUUCCACAAAUUUCCUAGAGUUGCCGAUUUCAAACGACAAGCUUUCUGAUUGCACAGUGACCAAUCGCAAACAUUUAGAAAUCCCUCCAUCCUUUUGCGCACAUUUCAACAUUCGUCCGUCCAUUCAGUCCCGUCUGUUCAGAUGAGAAUGCAGGUGCACGCAAAGCCACUAGGUGGUGCGCAAGCACCUGUUUUGUCUGCAGUCGCUAUUUUUCUGUUGUUAACCCGUUAUAGGGAACUCGUUUGAAUCCUUGGCGGCUGUUGACGUUGCUAGAUAUCCAAUCCAUUUUGACUGGGAGAGGCUGGAAGUGAACGAUCACUGUCAAUAGAAGGCAGUGAGUGAAAUACUAUGAAAUUAUUUUUUAAAAAACAAAAAAACAAGUGUUCUUGGGAGGCAGAAUGUAUUUCUGUAUUAUUGUAAUAGUUACAUGUGUUUUUAUUAACAUUAUAUGAAUAUUAUUGAUUACAAAAAUAUAUAAACAUUUAAAAUACAGUAAUGAUUGAGACCGGGAACCACACAUGUGGAUGUCUGUUCUUUAUGGAUUUUUUUUAAUUCCCAGAAAUAGUCACCUGCCCUAUAAAGGGUAAGUUCAUUCACUGCCAUUGAUGGCGAUAGACAUCAAAUGUCAUUCAACUGUGAUGUGGAUGACAUUGAAUUAUGUUUCAAUGGCAUUGACAGUGAUGAAUGUCCAAGCCAGUUGUACUUUUGAGUUGUCUUUUUUUAAUUUCUCCCUUUUCAUUUAAUAUUCUUAUAUUACAUUAAUAUAUAUAAAUGUAUAUGUUGGAGAGCACAGACAAUACUGAAAAAGCCGUUUCUGCUCUUGCACUCCCCUUUAAAAGAAACGGCUGUAUUUUAAGCCAAAAACUGUGCUUCAUAGAAAUGUCUUUAUGCUGCCAUAGCAGAUUCAUGGCACAUUAAGCCCUCGAGCUAUUUUUAAUUUGUCCGUUUUACCCUGGAAACCCCCGUUUACAGACGUUGCGCAACCGCUUUUGUUUCAACCCAGCCAUAGAAAGAAGCCCAGUAAUUCUAUUUAUUAUUCGAAAUGUCUGUAAUUUUUCGCUUAUAGUCAUUCAUUGAUGUCUAAUAUUUAGUUUAAAAAACAACUUUGAAAAAUUAUUCACUCGCAUAUUUUAAACUUUUAAACAAAUGACGUCACAAUGAAAAAAAAAAAACGGCGUCUGUAAAAAGGUCAUGGAUAUCUACCUCAUAACUAUUGCUUAAUUGUAUUUUUUUUGUUACUGUGUUACCGUCGCAUUUUCUCCGAUAUGUUGGAUGAUAAAUAAUCGAUCCAAACAAGGGGGGGAAAAAACCAUUUAAAAGGGCAAAUAUAUAAAAAAGAACGUCUGGACCACUCCUCGAUGUCUGCGAUUUCUGCAUCGCGACCCUUGUUAUAUUACCAUGUUUCACCCAUAAAAUCCCCCACAAAUCCAACUGUGGCCAUUCACAGCUGUGUCUUGACACUCAGUGAUACAUGCUACAUGGAGUUUUUGGAUCGAAACAAGGUAAGUACGCGAUAAUAUCUCGAUAAAGUCGUCGCGUCUUUAAUUCUGUUUUCAUGCUCUCACCUCCAGAUAGGGUUUCGCUGUUUAAAAAAAACAAACUUUUUUUAAAAAAUGCCCUCCUGUUCAAAAUUUUUCUUCCCCCGAGUAAUUCAGAUUUUAAGCUUUCCAAUGAUGUAUCACAAAUGCAUAUCGGAAAGUUGGCCAAAUUGGGGGUCUGAGAGUGGAAAUUCAAGUCACCUGAGUGUUUUCCGCCAUAUGUAUUUGAAAGUUUUUUUUUUUUUUUUUAAACAAUAACAUGUUAAGUACAAAUGUAAAAAAUAUUCUCAAAAAUUUGAAACUAUUUUAAGAAAUCGGUUCAUACUUUGACUUUUUAAAAGAAAUUUUCCCAUGUGGUCACAGCCAGUCUUCCCGGUUUAAAUGAAUUGGACAUUUAUCGCCAUCAAUGGUUUGCAAUGAAUUAGGCUGAAAAAAGCCGGCUUUAGAGUGUUACUUUGGUCCGUGGAUUUGUUUUUAUUAAUUUUAAUGAAUUUAGAUUGCAAUAAAUUUCUGUUAAUAUAGUAAUUAUGUAUAAUUAUAUGAAAUUACAAUGAUGAUCAAUAAUAGAAAAAUAGUUGCUAAAAUUCUUGUUAGUGGUACCUCGACACACGAUCUUUUUGACAUCCGACGUAAAAUUUGACUCGCCAUUUGUUUCUACAUCCGACGACAUGCUUGAAAUACGACGAUUUAUGACAGUGUCGCAGUUUCUUAGUUUUCCCGCAAGACUGAUGCUCGGCUGAUUUUCUUGUGAGGGAAAUCACCAUGUGAGGGAAUGUUAGUGCAGGUCCUGAAAAAGGUGAGGCUUACCAUUGAAAUGAAGAUGGAAAUGGUAGAAAAAUCUGAGCAUGGUGGGCGUGUCCGUGAACUGGCUCGACAAUCCGGCCGUGGAAUGUCUACGUUCUCGAUCGUUCUCCUACGACCUCCGUUCGCCAGUCUUUUUAAGUUAAAGUAACAAUUAUUAUGAUUGUAACCGCCCAAAAAUUGCCAGCUUCGUCAGAUUUGUAAUCAUUUAUUUCGGAACUUGUUCAACACAACUUGCCUAAUGUCCACUGCAGCGGAACAUGAAAAGUCAAAAGUCUUCUUUCAAGUCAGCCACGCGGUAUGUUCAGGUACACAACGCAAACCACGUUCGCGUUUAGAUCCAAAUUCGUUACAUAAUUACCGGUAUUUUUAUUCAGAGUUUUAUUAUGUAUUAGCUUUGCUCUGUGUAAUUGCGAUAGUACCAGCAGCAUUUAUUAAGGAUUUAGUGUAGGUUUUCGGGCUGUGGAACAAAUAAAUGGAAUUAUCAUGUAUUCUUAUGGGAAAAUCCUGCUUGAAAUGCGACCAUUUCAACUGACAAACAAGGUUCUGGAACGAAUUAACUUUGUAUGUAAAGGUACCCCUGUAUAUAUACACACUACAGUAUAUGACCAAAAAGCUACUUGCCCUAUAAAGAGUUAACGGUCUUAAGUGUAAAAAUAAAUAAAACACCAAAAACAGUCACUUCCUUUAAAGGGUUAUUAGUCAACUUUUGAAUAGUUUCUAUCGUAGUGACCCUGAAAAGGGUUAAGUUUAAGAAGUUGUAACGCAAAAGAAAAAACAUUACAUUGUGGUAGGACAUGGGUACAGGUACUUUUUAGCCAUUCCAAUAUUCAUGAAAUAGCAUAAAAGCAAUUAGAAAAGUUGAUGAUUGUUUUUCUUAGUUUGAGUGUUGUAAUUGGUCAAAUGCAAAGGUGGGUAGGGUAGCUAAAAUUUUCCUCAAGUAAGAGCAGCGUUACUUCAAAAUAAUAUUACAUAAGUAAAAGUAGUCAUCCAAAAAAAAAGUACUCAAAUACAAAUAAAGUAUACAGUAAAAAUAUUCAAGUUGUAAGCAGUGUUGUUAAUCUUACUGAAAAAAAGUAAUUAAUUAUAGUUACAAAUUACUUCUCCCAAAAAGUAAUUGCGUUAGUAACUCAAUUACCUGAAUGUAAGAGUAAUUAGUUACUUGGCAAAGUAAUUGGUGAUAAUUACUUUUUUUUUCCCCUCAAAAAAACAAAACAAAAAAACACUGGCCACACUAUGUGAAAUUUUUUGGUACAAUUGGCCCGAGCGCAAUUCUUUACCCUAAUUUACCCUUUACCCUGAAUCAACUGUUAAAAGUUGUUAGAAUUGCUCCCAUUAUUGCAUUAGUUCCCUUCUCUCUACUUUCGACAUAUGAAAGUUUUAAAACUGUUUCAUCAUUUAAAGAUAGACUCAAGUCAAGAUUUUGCCGAUUUAGAAGUAUUUUAUAUAAAAAGUUACUUAGGUUCGCUAGGAAGGUUCUCUACAACAGAGCCGUCCUAAAACGUCUACUGCUUCAAGAUGGCGGCUGUCUACUAACGCAUUUAGUGCCAUGUCUGUCAUUUUGCAUCUAGUUAUAUCUAUAUACAGUACACGUGAUAUCUACCAUGUCUACCAUAUCUACCAUAACAUGCGGGCGUAGUUUGUAGGCUAUCGGCUACAACAUGUAUUAUUGGAGCUACCUAGCAUCGCGUUUGCUCGGCGUCACAACUUUCUUGCCUCCUCACAACUCCUGCUCUGCUCUGUCGUCUCGGUGAGUCCGUCUCCCUCAGACUUUUCGACCAAUAUAGUAACGCAUAGUAACGCAUGCCUUUCCGUCCGCAGUAACGGUAACGGCGUUGCCACGAUGAGAAAAGUAAUUAAUUAGAUUACCCACUACUGAAAAAAAUAACGCCGUUAGUAACGCCGUUAUAUUGUAACGCCGUUAUUAACAACACUGGUUGUAAGUAACAUUGUAACUGCUUAGUUAAAAAAAAAAAAAAAAAAAAUUAAACAAUGGUAUUUUUUUCUCUUCGCCCAAAAGUAUAAGAACUGUUGUUAAAAUGACACUGUACAAUAACCCAUUAGAUAACCACAUUAAGCCCAAGAAAUG